CUGCAUUGUGGCCUUCAGAUAAUUUCAAGAGCAGACAGAUUUUUGCUGCUGCUGCCAGCGCACUUUGCUAGAGAAGCAUAUAAGGGAUAGAAGUAUCAAGCAUUCAAUUUAGAUUUCUUCUGGCAUACAAAAACAUCAAAGGGGUUUGAGACAGUGAAGGCAAGAAAUAUUUUAUAUAUUUUUUAUAGUUAAAAAUAUUGACUGCAGCAUAAUUAAUUGUAAAGUUUGCACUUAAAAUGUAAGGCAAAAUUUAGGAUUUUAAUAUUAUGCCACUGCGUAAUUCCUGUGCAUGACUUGUCUUUAAAAAAAUCCUUUUGGGGAAAACAAGUUGAUGGAUAAUUAUACUUUUCCCUACACACCUAUAAUUUUAUCAGAUAAGAUAUUACCAUUCAAGUGGCUCAGACUAUACUCUUUUGUGGUUGCGCAGCUUGAUAUAAGUGGCUUUUGUAUAAAUUUGAUCGCUACAAACAUAAAAAUAUAUUUAAACUUUUUAGGUCCUGCCGGCUCAGCAUCCAAUUAUAUUUGUAUGAUGAUUAUGUUCAUUCUUUGGGCAAUUGCGGGCUUGGUGGUUCUUUAUAUAGCCUAUGCCAGCUGGUGUCACUCGUACUGGAAGCGCAAGGGCGUUUACACUUUGCAUUCUACUUUCCUGUUGGGCAGCCUCGGGCCAGCCAUCCUCAGAAAGAAGACGCUGAGCGACACAUUGCUUGAUCUUUACAAAGAGGCUGUAUCUAAAAACCUCAAGUAUGCUGGAUUCUACAUGGGAAUGACACCUGAAUACUUAAUCGUUGAUAAAGAACUGGUACGCGAAGUGACAGUCAAGCAGUUUGACCACUUUACAGACCGACAACCGUUCGCCCGGAGGAACGUGGACGACCUACUGGCGCGGUCACUGUUGAGCCUCAAGGGUGACGACUGGCGCAAAAUGAGACACAACCUUAGUCCCGCCUUCACUGGCAGCAAGUUACGUGGAAUGACUGAGCUGAUGGUGCAAAUUGGCGUUCAGUUCACUAAAUUCGUGUCCAGUAGAUCAAAUCCUGACGAGCCUCUAGACAUGAAAGUUACCUUCAGACGGUUUGCGGCGGACGUGAUUGCAACCACUGCGUUUGGCACGCCAUCAAAUUCGCUGCAGGACUCAAAUUCAGAGUUCUUUGUUAAAGGCACUAGCCUGAUGGACUUCACUGGCAAACGGAGGAGGCUGGUCAUCUUAGGAUAUACCCUGGCGCCCAAGCUUAUGCAGUUGCUUAAAAUUCCCUUCAUUCCGGCGGAACUGAAAGACUUCUUCACCAACAUUAUCUCGCAGACCAUUAAAUACAGAGAGGAAAACAAUAAGUCAAGACCCGAUAUGAUCCAACUGCUGAUUGACGAACGCAAGGCGCAAAUCCAGAAGUGCAAGGACGCCAACAAGCCUGUAGACUCAGACACAAUUAUGUCUGAUUUGGACAUCUUGGCGCAAGCCUUCACCUUCUUUCUGGCUGGAUUUGAAACGGUUUCCGCAUUAGCAUCAAUAAUCUGCAUUGUAAUAGCUGGGCAAGAGAAUGUGCAGAAAAAACUAAGGUUGGAAGUAGAUGUAGCGUUCGCCAAUUCAGAGGGGGGAAAGCUGACGUAUGACGCCAUCCAGGGCCUGAAGUACCUUGACAUGGUUAUUGCAGAGGUGCAACGUCUGAUCCCUGUGGCGGCUUUUGGUGACCGAGUGUGCACCAAGGACCUACAUUUGCCCGAAUUUGGCAUCACUUUCAAGGAGGGGGAUAUUGUAGGAAUUCCCUUCUACUCGUUCCAAGUGGACAAACGCUAUUAUGAGGACCCUGAGGAGUUUAUCCCUGAGCGUUUCAGUGAGGAACGUAAGGCCAAAGUGCCACCUUUUACCUACAUGCCCUUCGGCUCAGGACCUAGGAGCUGCAUAGGUAACCGGUUUGGUUUGCUAGAGGUGAAAAUCGCUUUGGCAUAUACCCUUGCCUUUUUCGAAUUGGAGCUGAACACACCUGACCAGUACCCAAUUAGGUUGGACCGCAAGAAAUUGGACAAUGCACCAAUUGGAGGCUUCCUUCUUAAACUGAGAUCACGGGAGGAUCCAGUUGUGGACCCAGAAAGCUUAUAAAUAAAAUAGGUCUUAAGAAUCAAAAUUAUUCAGUAAA